CUUCCCACCACGCCUCCUCGCCCACCUCGGCGGAGCCUCGCUGAACCCAGCGAAGCGAGCGAGGCGCGAUGGACGGCCGAGUGCAGCUGAUCAAGGCCCUCCUGGCCCUGCCCAUUCGGCCCCAGACGCGUCGGUGGAGAAACCCGAUCCCCUUCCCCGAGACGUUUGACGGCGACACCGACCGGCUCCCGGAGUUUAUCGUGCAGACGGGCGCCUACAUGCUAGUGGACGAGAACCUGUUCACCAACGAUGCCCUGAAGGUGACGUUCCUCAUCACCCGCCUGACCGGGCCCGCCCUGCAGUGGGUGAUCCCGUACAUCAGGAAGCAGAGCCCCCUCCUCAACGAUUACCGGGGCUUCCUGGCCGAGAUGAAGCGGGUCUUUGGAUGGGUGGAGGACGAGGACUUCUAGGCCGGGAGCCCCUCGGGCCUGGGGGCGGGUGCUCGGGGGAGGGUCCGCCGCGCCAGUCGCCGCCGCCCAGAUCGCCGCAGGCGGCGUCCUCCCGCCGCGCCUCCCCCGUCCCUCACCUUCGGGUCGCCGCGAUCUCCCCCGCGCUCGUGUCCCGUCCCGCGUAGUGCUUGCCUUUGUUCCAGGAAUAGCGCUCCAGGUUCCCGCUGCUGCCGCCGCCGCCGCCGGGCCUGGCUCUGGAGCGGCCGCCGCCCUCUCGGGCCAGCCCGGCCCCUCCCCUGCACACUUGGACUCAGUCGUGCGCUCCAGCUGCAAGCCGGGCUCCUGUUACACAGCGGACAGACCACCCUCAGCCCGGCCGCUGCCAA